AUAGACAACUUACAAUCCAAACGUCGAUGCUAAGCACUGCUGACAGCGGGCGCGUCAUCGUCUUAACUGCAACGUUGCUGUUUGCGUACAUCAGCGUGUGGCUGCUCAUCCUUCCGUUCGUUGAGGAGGGACACCCAGUCCUGCGCUUCUUUCCGCCAGUGGAAGUCGCGCUGCUGCUUGCGAGCGGUGCGGGCGUGUCGGUGGGAGCGCUGGCGCUGGGCGUUGCGGGUUGGUUCUGUCUCGUCGACUCCUGAGCCCCCGUUUCUACGUACACGCGGCCGCUCUGGCCGCGGCGGCAUCUCAGCCGCCACAGCCAAACAGCUGAGAGCCGGCUCGCUAGCAAGUUAUCUACAGCCGCAGCUGCAGCUGCACGGGGUGCAGCAGCAGGAGCAGCCACAGCUGCUGCGGCAGGGCUCGGAGGGUGAUUAGGGCGAAGGUCUCUCGGCGCCUGCAUGGCGGAUGGCGGCGCCGCCGGCCCCACCAGCCGCCGCCCGCGCCUGGAUGUUGACACGUGGACCGUUCAGCUAGAGGAGCUGCUGGCGCUGCAAUCGGUGUACGAGGAUGACAUCAGCAUUCUUGCGGCGCCGGGGGCUGGCGCGGCCGGCGACGGCCCCAGCUGCAGCGACGGCAGCGGCGCGAGCAGUGCCCCGGCGGGCCCGCUGAGCGCCGAGGAGCUGCUUGCGGCGGGGCCGCCACCCGAGCUGCUGCUGCCGCCGGACGAGGCAGAGGGCGCUGACUCUGAGGGCGGCGGCAGUAGCAGCAGCUGUGGGUGCUUCGUGGUGGAGGCACUGGUGCACGUGGACAUGCCGGAGGGAGGGCUGCAGUUGCUGAUUGAGAUGCCACCCAUGCGGCUGCAGCAGCUACAGCCGCAGCCGCCGCAGCAGUUGGCGCCUGUAGCAGCGCCUGUGACAGCCACGGGCACCGCUGCCAACGCAGGCUCUAGCGCUACAGUCAUCGCGGCAGCCGCAGGGGCGGCAGUAGCCAAUGGCGGCGGCAUGUCUGGCGCUGGGAAGGGCGCCAAUGGCGCAGCAGGCGGCGGCGGCGGCGGUCGCGGCAGGGGCCGCGGUGACGCCAGCGCAAACGGCACCUCGCCCGACAAGGGCGGGGGCCGUGGUCAACAGGGUAGGGGCAGCAGCCGGGGCAGCGGCCGCGGCAGUGGGCGCUUGCGCAGCGGUGACGCGCACGCCACCUCCUCCCAGACACCUUCACCGCCGUCCAAGCACCAGCCGGCGGUCAUGCCGGCGCCGGCGACUUAUGAGGAGCAGCCGGCAGCUGUCAGCGGCGUCAAGGCGGCCGUGCAGGCCGCGGCGCCGGUGCUGGUGGUGGCGGAGAGCAGCCCGCCAGUAGCUGCCCCAGCAGUGGCAGUGCCAGCGGCUGUGCCGGCACACCCGGCGGCUGAGGCGGAGGGCGAGGGCGUAGUUGAGGCGGUCGUGACUGGGCAGCAGGCGGCGGGGCAGGAGCGGCAUGAGGCGCCACUGCUGAUGCCGUUCGGCGGCACGCUGCACUUCCUUAGCCCCAUCCGCCUGACGCUCACGCUGCCGCCCACCUACCCCGCCGUCCACCCACCCGAGCUGGACGUGCAGGCGCUCUGGCUGUCGGAGGCGCAGGCCGCGCAGCUGCGGGCGGCGCUGCGGGCGCAGUGGGCGGCGGCGGGCCCCGGCACGCCCAUCUCCUUUACUCUGGUGGACUGGCUGCGAGGCGAGGCGCUGGCGGAGCUGGGACUCACUGGCGGCAGCGGUGGCGGUGGCGGUGGCGGUGGCAGUGGAGGGAAGCUGGUGCUGAGGCGCGGGCAGCAGCAGCAGCAGCAGCAGCAGCCGGCGGUGACUGGGGCGGCGGGGGCAGCAGCAGGCGGUGCCAAGGGUGGUGGUGGCGGUGGUGGUCAGAGCCUGGAGGCGCUGGCGAUGGCGCUCGUGCGCUACUCAGCGCGGCGGGAGCAGCACGUGUUCGACGAGUCACUGGUCAGCUGCCCCAUCUGCCUGGACCAGCAGCUGGGCUCCCGCUGCGUGCGGCUGCCCGAGUGCCGCCACGCCUUCUGCGUUGCCUGCGUGGCCACACACCUGCGCACGCAGCUGGGCGCCGGCGCGGUGGACAACAUGCGCUGCCCCGACCCCGCCUGCCGCCGCCAGCUGCCGCACGGCGCGCUGCAGCAGCUGCUGAGUGCCGCCGAGUACGACCGGUGGGAGGCGCUGACGCUGCAGCGCACCCUGGACAAGAUGGAGGACCUGGUGUACUGCCCGCGGUGCAGGGAGCCGUGUCUUGAGGACAGGGAUCACUGCACGCUGUGCCCCUCCUGCUUCUACUCCUUCUGCUCCCUGUGUGAGGAGGCGUGGCACCCCGGCAGCCGGUGCCUGGACGCGGAUGCCAAGCUGGCGCUGCUGGAGGCGCGGCGGGCGGGCCGCGGCGAGGCGGCGGCGCGUGAGAGCGCCACGGAGCGGGCUCGGCGCGAGGUGAACAAGAUGAACGAGCUCAAGAGCCUGGCGCUGGUGCAGAGCUCCACCAAGCAAUGCCCCUGCUGCUCCAUGGCUGUGGAGAAGACCGAGGGCUGCAACAAGAUGACGUGCGCCUACUGCGGCGUGUACUGGUGCUGGAGGUGCUGCAGGAUGAUCAAGGGCUAUGACCACUUCAAGGAGGACGGCUGCGAGCUGUUUGACCAGGUGGAGAUCGACCGCUGGAACGCGCGCUGGAACGGCGGAUUGUUUGAGGCUCCCCGGCGAAACGAGGUGGAGGAUAACUUGGCGGCGUUGCAGGUUGCCCGGCGCGUCGGCCAGGGGCGCUGGUGCCACUGCGUUGUGUGCGGACAGCAGAACCUUAAGGAGGGCCGCAACAACAACAUCCGCUGCUGGUCCUGCAACAGCCACUUCUGCUACCUGUGCCGCACGUGGCUGCGCAACCGGCCCGGCGCACACUUCGGCACGGGCGCCGGCCGCUGCAAGCAGCACACCGACGACUGACUGGCUGGCUGGCUGGGAGCCCCAGAAUCGGUGGGCGUGUGUUGGAGGGUGCAAGCGCGUCAGCUUCAGGCGCAUGUGGGGGUGUCGAUGCUUGUGCAUGGAGUAUGCAUUACGAUAUUAUAUGGAGCGAAGUAUGCAUUACGGUACUGUAUUGCGGCGCCAGGGUGAUGGGGGCCGCGGCGCAGGAUGAUGACAGCGAUGUGCGGCCAGGAGGUGGGCAGUAGACUUGGGUGUGUGAUGGGACAGUGGCAAGGCAGGUUGGUAAGGUCCCUUAGGGCAGUAGACUUGGGUGCACAUACCCCUAGUGCAGGUCUGCAGGAGGGUUCCUCCGGGUGCCGGGCAAGGCGAGACAGGACCUCGGGGUGGGGCAGGCUGGCAGGGCAGCCACGCCGCAGAUCGCCACAGGCAUGCAUGUAGGCUCGGCGGUUGGUUUAGGUGAUGGCAGUAUCGGCUCGGGUGAUGGAUCCGAUCCCCGCAUCCUGCAGCUGUCACCUGUCAAGGUCGCUCGGCCAUGCGGUAGCACAGGAGUCAUACUCGGCACACGCCAGUGAGCAGGGUGGUACAGCCGCACAAAAUUUUGCAAGACGCAAGCGUUUCCAGGAACACCCCUGUGCGUGCGUUCGUGCGUCGGCAAGCAUUCCAGUAUUCCAGUAUUAGGGCAAAAGUCGCGGUCGACAGGAUUCGAACCUAUGCGGGAGAUCCCAUCUGAUUUCGAGUCAGACCCCUUAACCACUCGGGCACGACCGCUGAUCUUACAGAACCAGAUGACAAUCUUAUCAAUUAUUAAAUCUAU